CGAGAAAUAGUGGCGAAAAGAAGGAAAAGAUAGAUCUGUUCCGAGUCCAUCUGUCGAUGAUAUCGAUUGCACGAUCGCAAAAUUAUAGACAGCGACGAAGCGUGGGUAAAAUUGGCGGAAAAAGAGGUAAUCGUUUGGUUGAUGAUUUUUCGUAAUCCGAGGGAAACGGAGUUACGUGAUUGGACGAAGAUUCGUAAUCGGCGCGUAAUCGGCGGGUUUUCGUUACGCGAGACAUAGAGAAACCGACGAGCGUACAAGUUACGUAUCGUAUCGCAAUGGGGGACGGGUAUUUAAGCAUUUUCUCCUCGAUCCGUGUAACAGCUUCGAGAUUAGCGAGUCAAAGAGAGAGCAGGGUCAUCGUGACAACACGUGUUAUCAGUGCACUGCAAAUAGAAGAAACUGCCGGUCCGUAAAUAACACUGGGACAGUCAGUUAACCUCGAAUGGACUCGGAGAAGCGGUGGAGUUUCGAGAUGUUACUUUCGAGUGUUUGGUUCGAAGUAAUCGCGGCAGCCCUAUUGACGAUAUUGAUCUUCGCUACUAGCCAUCGGCCAGCUUGGUGGUUCUGGACCGGGGCAUCUCACAAAACCAGCGCCCCGGUCGAGGAGAAGCACGAUAGAAAGUUUGAAACGGUGUCCAACGUGCCAGGACCGUAUCCUUUACCGAUUCUUGGAACCAGGUGGAUAUUCUCCUGCAUCGGUUACUAUAAACUCAACAAGAUUCACGACGCUUACAAAGAUUUGAACCAACGAUACGGAGCGUUGUGUAAAGAAGAAGCAUUAUGGAACUUUCCCGUGAUCUCUGUGUUCUCCCGUCAGGAUAUCGAAGCUAUCCUUCGACGGAACUGCAAGUAUCCGCUUCGUCCUCCGCAAGAGGUGAUAUCCUACUAUCGGCAAACACGGCACGAUCGUUACACGAACCUCGGUUUGGUGAACGAACAGGGACAAACGUGGCACGAUCUUCGGACAGCUCUUACGUCAGAACUGACGGGGGCCAGUACCGUCCUUGGCUUCUUCCCGGCUCUGAAUGUCGUCGCAGAUUCGUUCAUCGAGUUGAUUCGUCGACGAAGAACGGGAUAUAAAGUGACAGGUUUCGAGGAGCUUGCCUACAAGAUGGGACUCGAGAGUACCUGUACUUUGAUCUUGGGUCGACACUUGGGUUUCCUAAAGCCAGAUUCCAGCAGCGAGCUCGCUGUGAGAUUAGCGGAAGCCGUCAGGGUACACUUUACGGCCUCGCGGGACGCCUUUUACGGGUUGCCGCUUUGGAAAUUAUUACCAACCUCCGCGUACAAACAACUGAUAGAGAGCGAGGACGCCAUAUACAAUAUCAUUUCGGAGAUCGUCGAAGCCACGAUAUUGGAGAAACGAGACGAUGCUAGGGACGAAUCGGUCGAGGCUGUACUUCAAUCCAUUUUAAAACAAAAGCAUCUCGAUAUACGCGACAAGAAGGCGGCUAUCGUUGAUUUUAUAGCUGCCGGUAUACACACGCUAGGAAACACUUUGGUGUUUCUCUUUCACUUGAUCGGCCGUAAUCCAAGCGUACAGGCCAAACUUUACGAAGAAACCUACUCGUUGGCUCCGGCUGGUUGUGAUUUGACUAUAGAUAAUUUGCGACAAGCCAAAUAUUUGCGCGCCUGUAUCACCGAAUCUUUCCGAAUGAUCCCAACCACCACUUGUAUAGCUCGAAUUUUGGACGAACCCAUCGAACUCAGUGGUUAUCGCUUCACCGCGGGAACCACGGUCCUUUUACACACUUGGAUAGCAGGUUUGAACGAAAAGAAUUUCAAGAAUGCCGGAAAGUAUUUGCCCGAGAGAUGGUUGACGCCUGUCAGUCCUCAUUCUCCAUUAUUAGUGGCGCCAUUUGGAGCUGGAAGGAGAAUAUGCCCGGGCAAACGGUUCGUGGAACUCGCGCUACAGCUCAUUUUGGCAAAGGUCUGUUUUCCCUCUACGAUACAUCCCAAAACACGUGUAUCGCGUCUUUAUAGGCUUAACUGUUCUUCCACAGAUCGUACGGGAGUUCGAGAUCAUCGUGGACGAAGAACUCGAUUUGCAAUUUGAAUUUAUCCUCGCACCGAAGGGUCCGGUACUUCUUGGUUUUCGUGAUCGUUCUUAGGAAACCUAACGAACCGGACAUUUGUCUGCACCAUUAUUCAAGUCCAUUUAUAGCCUUCAUCCUUUCGUUGCCGAUCGUUGUUUCAUCUCCGUAGCCCGUUCGUAAAAUAAUUUACUCGUUGCGUGUAAUUUCUGUUUGUUUCAUUUGCAAUACUCAUCGUUGUUGUAAGCACUAUACGG